UGGUUCUGUGGUGACGAUGAUCAGACGACGACCACCGAGGGGAUACUCGCCGCUACUCUACUCGCUGAUCUGGCUGAUUUGGAUCGUCCUGCCUGCUGGAACCGGAGUACUGCACAGUCAUGCCGACAAACAGAGAUACGACGGAUGGUACAACAACCUCGCUCAUCCGGAUUGGGGAUCAAUCGACAGCAGGCUGAUACGAAAGAUGCCAGCAGCCUAUUCCGAUGGGGUGUACAUGCUGGCGGGACAAGACAGACCUUCACCAAGGAAAUUAAGUCAAUUGUUCAUGCAAGGUGAUGACGGUAUUCCUUCGGUGAAGAACAGAACAGCGUUGUUCGCUUUUUUCGGGCAACUGGUCACGUCAGAAAUAAUCAUGGCCAGCGAAAGCGGCUGCCCGAUAGAGUAUCAUCGGAUCGAUGUGGAUAAGUGCGAUCCGGUUUUCGACAAGGAGUGCCAAGGUAACAAGUACAUUCCCUUCCGUCGGGCGGAUUACGAUCGGCAAACUGGACGGAGCCCUAACAGCCCUCGGGAACAGAUAAACAAAGUGACGAGCUGGAUCGACGGUAGCUUCAUUUAUUCGAGCAGCGAAGCAUGGGCGAACACUAUGAGAUCCUUCAAGAAUGGCAGCCUCCUCAUGGAACCCACGAGGAAAUUUCCUGUGAGAAACACCAUGCGUGCUCCACUUUUUAAUCAUGCUGUGCCGCACGUGAUGAGAAUGCUCAGCCCUGAACGUCUUUACCUUCUUGGAGAUCCACGAACAAAUCAACACCCACCGUUACUCGCAUUGGGAAUAUUGUUUUACCGAUGGCACAACGUUCUUGCAGCUCAUAUACAACAAGAAAAUCCAAACAUGUCUGACGAAGACAUCUUUCAGAAAGCUCGACGAUUGGUUAUAGGCACUCUUCAGAACAUUAUUUUGUACGAGUACAUUCCUGUACUUCUGAACGAAGAUGUUCCUCCUUACACUGGCUACAAGUCGGACCUACACCCAGGAAUCAGUCACAUAUUCCAAAGCGCCGCUUUCCGAUACGGACACACUCUGAUACCGCCUGGUAUAUAUCGUCGCGAUGAAAAUUGUGAAUACAGGAGAACCAAUACCGAUCAAGCAGCGAUACGACUGUGUUCCACCUGGUGGGACUCGAAUGAAGUGCUAACCAACAGCACGAUCGAGGAGCUAAUCAUGGGUAUGAGUUCCCAGUUAUGCGAGAAAGAAGACAACCUCCUCGGCACCGACAUCAGGAACAACCUCUACGGGCCCAUGGAAUUCUCCCGCAGAGAUCUAGGCGCCCUCAACAUCAUGCGAGGAAGAGACAACGGUCUCCCAGACUACAACACUGCCAGAGCACACUUCAAGUUACCUCGCAGAAAAACGUGGAACGAAAUCAACCCAGAAUUGUUCAACAAGAACCCGUCACUCUUGCGGACAUUAGUAGAGAUACACUCGAAUAAUUUGAAUAACGUGGACGUAUAUGUUGGGGGUAUGUUAGAGUCUAGUGCUGGUCCAGGUGAACUGUUCUCGGCGGUGAUUAAAGAGCAGUUCCUUCGUUUGAGAGACUCGGAUAGGUUUUGGUUCGAGAACACGGAGACUGGAAUUUUCACGAAAAGCGAAAUCGAGGAGAUUCGUCGCGUUACCUUGUGGGACGUAAUAGUCAACGCGACUGGGAUACCACCGGAUGCUAUCCAGAGAAAUGUGUUCACCUGGGAAGAGGGAGAUCCGUGCCCUCAACCGUACCAGUUGAAUUCUACCAUGUUAGAAUCAUGCAUUCCACUACAACGUUAUGAUUAUUUCGAGGGAAGCGAGCUGGUGUACAUAUACGCCUGCAUCUUUCUGGGUUUCGUGCCCAUCCUGUGUGCCGGUGCCGGCUACGGAUUAGUCAAGCUACAAAACCGACGAAGAAGACGCCUGAAGAUCCUUCAAGAGGCGAUACAAAAGCGCAGCGAUGGCAAGAUCUGCGUGGAUAAGAUGGUCGUACGAGAAUGGCUGCACGCGAACCAUCGUCGGUUGGUCAAGGUGAAAUUCGGCCCGGAAGCCGCUCUGCACAUCGUCGAUCGUAAAGGGGAGAAACUACGCACGUUCGAUUUCAACGAUGUGAACACCGUUGCCAUGGAGGAGUCUCAGGAGAACGAGAAUGGGCAUCGAAAGGCGUUGGUACUGUUACGAAUACCUCGAGACUACGACCUUGUCCUUGAACUGGAUUCCCUGGCUUCACGUAGAAAGUUUAUUGCGAAAUUGGAAGCAUUUCUGGCAUCCCAUAAGAAGCAUUUCACAAUGUCCCAAGUGGGGCGAGACAUUAUGCUAGCAAAGGCGGAAACGAAGGAGCGACGCCAGAAGAAACUCGAGCAGUUCUUUAGGGAAGCUUAUGCUUUGACGUUCGGUCUACGACCUGGUGAAAGGCGACGACGAUCAGAAGAUAGCGACAGCGGUGAAGUGGUCACCGUGAUGAGAACCUCGCUUUCUAAAAGCGAGUUCGCCAGUGCACUCGGCAUGCGGGCAGAUGCGGUUUUCGUGAAAAAAAUGUUCAACAUCGUCGACAAAGAUCGGGAUGGACGUAUUUCGUUUCAGGAAUUCUUAGACACCGUUCUGCUGUUCUCUCGAGGGAAGACCGAGGAUAAACUCAGAAUAAUAUUCGACAUGUGUGACAAGGACAGCAACGGAGUGAUUGACAAAGAAGAAUUAUCAGAGAUGCUUAGAUCUUUAGUGGAAAUCGCGCGAACGACCAGUCUGUCCGACGAUCACGUCACGGAGUUGAUCGACGGAAUGUUCCAAGAUGCUGGCCUAGAAAGGAAAGACUACUUGACCUACAACGACUUCAAGUUGAUGAUGAAAGAAUACAAAGGCGAUUUCGUGGCGAUCGGUCUCGAUUGCAAAGGUGCGAAGCAAAAUUUCCUCGACACGUCGACGAAUGUGGCUCGCAUGACGGGUUUCCAUAUCGAUACACUUCCUCCUGAGGACUCGAAGAGUUGGGCACGCAAGCAGUGGGACGCUGUGUCCACAUUCCUCGAGGAAAAUCGACAGAAUAUAUUUUACCUGUUCGUGUUUUACGUCACCACUAUUGCUCUCUUCGUUGAGAGAUUUAUCUAUUAUUCAUUUAUGGCCGAACACACGGAUCUGAGACACAUAAUGGGAGUUGGAAUUGCCAUAACCAGAGGAUCUGCAGCUGCCCUGUCUUUUUGCUACAGUCUACUCCUUUUAACGAUGUCUCGUAAUCUGUUAACCAAACUCAAAGAAUUCUCCAUUCAACAGUAUAUUCCUUUGGACUCUCACAUACAGUUCCAUAAAAUUGCCGCGUGCACCGCGCUGUUCUUUUCCGUUUUACAUACAGUGGGUCACAUGGUCAAUUUUUAUCACAUUUCAACGCAACCACUUGCUCAUCUUCGAUGUUUGACUAGCGAGAUCAGCUUUCCCAGCGAUGCUCGUUUGACGAUCUCAUUUUGGCUUUUUAGGACUGUGACAGGUUUAACUGGAAUCCUUCUGUUCGUCGUGAUGACGAUAAUCUUCGUCUUCGCUCACCCUACUAUCCGUCAAAAAGCAUACAAAUUUUUCUGGUCGACUCACAGUUUGUACGUCGUGUUGUAUGCGUUGUGUCUGAUUCACGGAUUAGCUCGUUUAACGGGUUCACCGAGGUUCUGGAUAUUCUUUGUUGGCCCCGCCAUCAUUUACUCCCUUGACAAGGUGGUGAGUCUUCGAACCAAGUACAUGGCGUUAGACAUCAUCGAAACAGAGCUGUUACCAUCAGACGUCAUCAAAAUCAAAUUCUACAGACCUCCCAAUUUAAAGUAUCUAUCCGGACAGUGGGUGCGUAUCUCGUGUACCGCCUUCAGGUCCAACGAGUUCCAUUCGUUCACCCUAACCUCGGCACCACACGAGAACUUCCUGUCGUGUCACAUCAAAGCGCAAGGACCAUGGACCUGGAAACUGCGCAAUUACUUUGAUCCUUGCAACUAUAACCCAGAAGACGAGCACCCGAAAAUUAGAAUAGAAGGACCAUUCGGAGGAGGCAAUCAAGACUGGUACAAGUUUGAAGUUGCCGUUAUGGUCGGCGGUGGCAUUGGAGUCACUCCUUAUGCGUCCAUGCUCAACGACCUCGUUUUUGGAACUUCAACCAACAGAUAUUCAGGGGUUGCUUGUAAAAAGGUUUAUUUCUUGUGGAUUUGUCCCUCACACAAACAUUUCGAGUGGUUCAUCGACGUACUCAGGGACGUGGAGAGGAAGGAUGUUACGGACGUUUUAGAAAUUCAUAUAUUUAUCACGCAAUUCUUUCACAAGUUUGACUUACGUACUACUAUGUUGUACAUCUGCGAGAAUCAUUUCCAGAGGCUAUCCAAGAAAAGCAUUUUCACUGGGCUGAAAGCCAUCAAUCACUUUGGUCGACCCGACAUGACUUCCUUCUUAAAGUUUGUUCAGAAGAAACAUAGCUACGUCAGUAAAAUAGGAGUAUUUAGCUGCGGACCACGCCCACUAACGAAGAGCGUGAUGUCAUCUUGCGACGAAGUGAACAAGGGUCGUCGUUUGCCGUAUUUCAUUCAUCAUUUCGAAAACUUUGGCUAGUCUGAUCGACGGAGAAGAAGAACGAUGGACUCUAUCAUGAAUCUCAUGGAAUUCUGUCGAGUGUACAUAUUUAUGCGUGUACGCGCAUCCCUUAUUUAUAACGAUUAUUAUAUUUCUUAUUUAUGACCA